GAUACAUAUAUGCAUUAAUGACAUUAUUAACGUAUAAACUCAAUGAUAUGGUAAGUGGUAGUAGUAAUAGCAGCAGCAACAGUAGUAGUAGUAGUAGUAGUAGUAGUAGUAGUAGUAAUAGUAGUAGUAGUAGUAGUAAGCUCUGAAAAGGAAAUGCUAAAAGAAGAAGGGAGGACAGGGGGCCCAGAUCCCAGAUAAAGCGGUUGACCCUCGCCCCUUCAAUGACCUGCGAGAUAUCGUUAGACUGAAAAUCACUGACGACGUAUGUACCACAGUCAUAUGUGUGUUCGUCGACCAGCAAACAAGCCAUGGUGCUGAUCAUAGUCUUAAAAAUAUUUCGAAACGGAUAAACAGAGGAUGUUACUCGCAUGAGAACGCGUAUUGAAAAUAUUCGGUUCGAUAGAUAAUAAAUUCAAUUUAUUAUAAAAUUUUCAUAUAAUUUUCUUUUUCCGUUUUCUCUCUCUCUCUCUCUCUCUCUCUCUCUAUUCUCGUAAUCUCAAACAUGCGAGCUCUUUACAAAUAUUUUUUCCUCGUAUCUUAUUGUUCUUUGAUUUGCCACGCCGAGGAUUCCAAAGUUGAUGCCAAAGAAGCGAAACAAAUCGCCGCUGGUGAAAAACGUCUUGGAGAUCAUAUUCGUGCGAUCUUGAAACAUUAUCAGCAAUAUGAUCCAGUUGGAUUACCCGGUGCUCCAAUACCCGAUCCCAUGCCAGUGCCGGAUAUGAAACAUUCUUUUUCCAUGUAUACCAUGAAUUUCAAACAAAUCAACGUUUAUGGAUUAUCCAAAUUUCGUAUUGAACAUAUCAAAUCUGAAUUGGCAUUGAUGCAGGUUUCAGCCGCAUUGAGUAUUACGAGACUCGACAUUCGUGGAUUGUAUACUCUUGCAUCCUGGCUUUCAAGAUCAGCUGGCAAUUUUACUGUAAUAUUAACAGGAGUAAAUGUCGAAGGUGUUGCAAGAUUAGAAGUUGGAGUUGAUGGUAAAUUACAAGCACAAAACAUCGACAUGGAUUUAACUUUCGAAAACAUCGAUAUGGACUUCAAGAAUCUUGGCUUUUUGGGAUCCGUUUUUCAAGGUGUUAUCAAUUCUGUAGGCGCUUUUAUAUUCGACAGUAUUAAACCAUUUAUUUUGAAGGAAGUUAAUACUAAUAUGAGAGGGGAGGUGAACAAGCAGAUAUCUCAGUUACCACAGUAUUUCCCAAAUUCGAUAUCACCGUUCGACAUGGCAGUAGCCGAGGGUCGUAGACAAGUUUCACAAAUGGGUUACGAUCCAUUUAAGGUAAAGGAUUAUAGUCAAAGCGUUGGUAUUUUUACCGUGACGUCAUCGCACACUUGGAUCACCGGAUUGGCAAGUUUCUAUCGUAUGGGUAACAUCACGCUUACCAUGGAAAAUGGGACCGUAUAUGCGGUUUUGGAUGUUGGAACACAAGAGAUCGAGGGAAGAACGCAUUGGGAAGUAAGCGUAAUUGGUGGCGUCCUGUCGAGAGCAGGUACAGUGUCCUUCACCGUUCAAUAUUUCAGAGUUCAACUGAAUUUAAGCCAACCACUUGAUACACGUAAACGACCAACUUUGGAAGAACUCGAUUUGGAAUUGGGUAACAUACAAGCGCGAAUACAUGGUGCCGGUACUCUUGAUUAUGUUAUGGAAGCGAGCAUCAAUAUAAUACCAAAUCUUUUAAGGUAUCAAAUAAUGGAUGCGAUCGAGGGACCUCUCAAGAAAAGAAUACAAGAAGAAUUGAAUAAAAUAGACGUCGAAAAGCUUAUUAAUGAAAAAAUACCGGAAAUAGAAGAACAAGCCAGACUGAUGCAAGGAUUAUCUCCACCCGAUGAAAUUAUCUUAGAAGAUCCUGUACCUUCACAAGUUCCAGAUGAUCUAACUCCGUUCUCUGAAAGCGAAGAGGAACGAGGACCUUCGUAAAUAUCAAACGUAAAUACAAACUGAGAAAAACACAGACAGAGAGAGAGAAAGAGAGAGAGGGAAAGAAAUAAAUAUAUACAUAUAUAUUUUGUUUGAAAGAAACUUUGAGCUUCAUAAGAAAAAAAAAAAAAGAUACAUAACAUAUAUGAUGCCUACAUUUUGAGAUUAAUAUAAAUUCUGUUUUUCUAAUCAGGCGUGGCUUUUUGCCAGACAAUUACUCUCUAUGUACUGCAGUACAUACAAGUCUAUGCAGUCAGUACAUAAUGUAAACCUAUGUAACAGGUACGGAAAUGAUUAAAAUAAAACAUCCAAGUGUGAUUCAAGUAACGAAUUAUCCGAGGAUGUGAUGUAACAUACUCUGCUUGUAGAUAAAUUAUACGAGAAACGUAGUUACGUAAGAAGAAAAUCAAAUUUGGUAUGUGAUGUUAAUUGUCAAUAAAAAUUAACAUUUUCAAGAUA